UCACCCUCCAAUGGCCGCCGCAGCUGGCGCGCUGCGGCCGGCACACCGCGCUGAUCCGAAGGCAGGAGCCAGGUGCUUCUCCUGGUCUCCCAUGGGGUGCAGGGUCCAAGCACUUGGGCCAUCCUCCACUGCACUCCCUGGCCACAGCAGAGAGCUGGCCUGGAAGAGGGGCAACCGGGACAGAAUUUGGCGCCCCUACUGGUACUAGAACCCGGUGUGCCGGCGCCGCUAGGUGGAGGAUUAGCCUAUUGAGCCGCGGCGCCGGCCCCCUCAAUUGUUCUUAAUCAUAAAUGGCAGAGAUGUAUAGUCAAGAGGGGAAAGAUCAUUUUAAUAAUAUUUUAAUUAUUUAUUUGAAGGGCGGAGAGAGAAUCAGAGAGAGUGAAAGAGCCCCUAUCUGUUUGUUCAUUCUUCAAAUGCCCACAACAGCCAGGGCUGGAGCAGGUCAAAGCUGGGAGUCUGGAACUUAAUGCAGGUCUCCUCUGUGGGUAACCAGAACCCAGUGACUUGAGCCAUCUGUGUUGCCUCCUAGGGUCUGCAUUAGCAGGAAGCUGGAAUCAGGAGCCGGAGCUGGGCAUUGAAGCAAUAUGGGAAGUGGGUGUCUUAACUCCUAUGCCAAAUGCUUACCCAGGGAAGCAUCAUUUUAAAAUAUAAAUUGGGCGGGUGUUGUGGCACAGCAGUUAAGAUACCACUUGAGAUGUCCAUGUGCCAUAUUGGUGCGCCUGGCAUUGAGUCCUGCUUUGCCUCUGCUCCUGCUUCUUCUUCCUGCUAAUGUGCACCCUGAGAGACAGCAGGUAAUGGCCCACGUACUGAGUCCCUGCCACCCACAUGGGAGUCCCAGGUGGAGUUCCUGGCUCCUGGCUGUUGUGGGUAUUUGAGGGAGUGAACUGGUGGGUAAAAGAGCUCUCUCUCUGCCUAUGUUUCUUCCUGUGUCUCCUUCUCUGUCUGUCUCUCUGCCUUUCAAGUAAAUAAAAAACUUUAAACUCUCAGAGAUCAUCACCUCCUGUCGCCUUCCACCCCAGAGUGAGAGCCACAGCCCUGCAGUGGCCUCGCUCACCUCCUCACCCACCCCUUCCCCUGCUGCUUCAGGCCAACCCACCUGCUCUUCCCUUUGCCCAAACCUCUUUCCCGUAUUCGUGUGGCUGCUGUCUCCCUUGCUUCAGAAUUGAGAAUAUCUUCAUUCCCGAUCCUUUCAGGUGAGGAAGCCCAGUUGAGACAGGCUCUGUGACUAGCUGACUCCCUCCAGUGGGCUGUCGGUGCCACCCGGGCAGGAACCCAGUCUGUUCUGUUCACCCUGGAACCCACAGAGUGUCACUGAGUGAAUGGAUGUACAUGCUCACGUGUGUGCACCUUCCAGAGAGGGGGAGGGAAAGGGCAGUGUGGAAACUGGGGUUGGAGAGAGUGAGUGUGGACGGUGUGGAGGAGAAUGAAGUGCUCAUGACGGGAUUGGAGAUGCGAGACGUGGUCCAGUCUGUUCCAGCCUCCACAACCUCAUCUCUUACAGUGACUUCAUACUGUGAGGCACAUGAAGGAGCAGCUGCUGGAAUACACGAUCAGUAGCCCUGGGCUAGGUCCAGAGUGGACGUUCAUGGAAGCUAGCCCUGAGGGUAGGGUCUGGUGGUGUGUGGACACUAGACCAUGUGCCUAGGUAGUUUUUGCUUUCUCCGCAGCUCUGCUUCCCCAGCAACGCUCACCACGCCCUUGUUUUGAGAACCUCACUAAGCCCUUGCCACUGUGCAGCCAUGGGGGAUAUGAAAACCCCAGAUUUUGAUGAUCUUCUGGCUGCCUUUGACAUCCCAGACCCCACCAGCCUUGAUGCCAAGGAGGCCAUCCACACACCCAGCGAGGAGAAUGAGAGUCCUCUUAAAGCCCCAGGCAUGUGUAUGGAUGAGAGUCUGUCCUUGUCUCACUCGGGAUCAGCCCCAGACGUGCCGGCCGUGAGUGUCAUUGUCAAGAACACCAGCCGCCAGGAGUCGUUUGAAGCGGAGAAAGACCCCAUUGCCCCCAGCCUCCUGCACAAUGGGUUCCGGGGCUCAGACCUGCCUCCCGACUCCCACAACUGCGGGAAGUUUGAGUCCACUUUCAUGAAUGGAGGCAGUGCCAGGAGUUUUCCUGGCAAGCUGGAGCCCUCCAAGUCAGAGCCAUUGCCCACCUUCAACCAGUUUAGUCCAAUCUCCAGCCCAGAGCCUGAGGACCCCAUCAAAGAUAACGGGUUUGGGACAAAGCCCAAGCACUCUGACAGUUACUUCUCACCACCUCCUGGGUGCGGGGCUGUGGGGGGCCCAGUCCUGGAGGCUCUGGCCAAGUUUCCAGUCCCGGAGUUGCAUAUGUUCGAUCACUUUUGUAAGAAAGAACCCAAGCCAGAACCCCUGUCCUUGGGAUCCCAGCAGGAGCAGGAUAGAGGUGAGCAGAAGGCAGUGGAUCCUCACAAAGAGCUGGAUGCCCGGCGAUUCUUCGGGGAAGCUUUGGAGUUCACCAGCCACCCUAGCAACAGCAUUACAGAGCCUAAGCGGCUUGCCCCAGACCUUGGGUCAUGCUCCUCAGUGCCCCCCAGGCAGCGUCUCAAGCCGGCUCAUUCCAAGCUGUCCUCUUGUGUUGCAGCCUUGGUGGCCCUGCAGGCCAAAAGAGUGGCCAGUGUCACCAAGGAGGAUUCGCCUGGCCACACAAAGGAUUCCUCAGGGCCUACUAAAGAGGGUCCCAAAGGCAGCCCCAAAAUGCCCAAGUCACCAAAGAGUCCCCGAAGCCCUCUGGAGGCCACUAGGAAAAGCGUCAAGCCAUCAGACAGCCCUCGGAGCAUUUGCAGUGACAGCAGCAGCAAAGGCUCCCCCUCCGUGGCUGCCAGCUCCCCACCAGCAAUUCCCAAAGUCAGGAUCAAAACCAUUAAGACAUCCUCGGGGGAAAUCAAACGGACCGUCACGAGGAUCCUGCCAGACCCCGAUGAUCCAAGUAAGUCCCCCGUUGGGUCACCUCUAGGAAGCACUGUUACUGAGGCCCCAAGCGAGGUGCCAGGGGAUGAAGUCACGGCCCUGCCUGUGGAGGAGCACUUUCCUGAGCCUGGCACAAAUUCAGGGAGCCCCCAGGGUGACAAGAAAGGGGACGAGAGCAUGACAAAGGCCAGUGACUCUUCAUCUCCCUGCUCUGGGCCCCGGGUCCCUAAGGGGGCUGCCGUGGGCUCACAGCUGGGCAAGAAGCAACAGAGCACAGCGCUGCAGGCAUCUGCCCUGGGCCCAGCCAACCUCCUGCCCAAAGCCGUGCACCUGGCCAACCUGAACCUGGUCCCCCACAGCGUUGCCGCAUCCGUGACAGCCAAAUCCUCGGCACAGAGACGGAACCAGACGCAGCUCACGCAGAUGUCGGUGCCCCUGGUCCACCAGGUGAAAAAGGCUGCCCCACUCGUGGUGGAGGUCUUCAACAGGGUCCUCCACAGCUCCAACCCCGUGCCCCUCUACGCGCCAAAUCUCAGCCCCCCUGCAGACAGCAGGAUCCACGUGCCGGCCAGUGGGUACUGCUGCCUGGAGUGUGGGGAUGCGUUUGCCUUAGAGAAGAGCCUGAGCCAGCACUACGGCCGGCGGAGCGUCCACAUCGAGGUGCUGUGCACGCUGUGCUCCAAGACGCUGCUCUUCUUCAACAAGUGCAGCCUGCUGCGGCACGCCCGCGACCACAAGAGCAAGGGCUUGGUCAUGCAGUGCUCUCAGCUGCUCGUGAAGCCCAUCUCCGCCGACCAGAUGUUCGUGUCGCCCCCUGCAAACGCCACAGCACCAGCAGCCCCGGCCCCCGCUCCCUCCCCUAAGCCUGGCCUCCCUGCUGGCGGUGCCAGCCCCCCUCCUCCAGCCUUGCCACUCUACCCAGACCCCGUGAGGCUCAUCCGGUACGGAAUCAAGUGUCCUGAAUGUCACAAGCAGAUGCGAGACUACAUGGUCUUGGCUGCACAUUUCCAGAGGACAGAAGAAGCCGAGGGGCUGACUUGCCAGGUGUGCCAGAUGCUGCUGCCCAACCAGUGCAGUUUCUGUGCCCAUCAGCGGAUUCAUGCACACAAGUCCCCCUACUGCUGCCCGGAGUGUGGGGUCCUCUGUCGCUCUGCCUACUUCCAGACCCACGUAAAGGAGAAUUGCCUGCACUAUGCCCGCAAGGUGGGCUACAGGUGCAUCCACUGUGGUGUCGUCCACCUGACCUUGGCCUUGCUCAAAAGCCACAUCCAGGAGCGACACUGCCAGAUCUUCCACAAGUGUGCAUUUUGCCCCAUGGCCUUCAAGACUGCCGGCAGCACUGCGGACCACACCGCCUCCCAGCACCCCAGCCAGCCCCACAAGCCCUCCCAGCUCAUUUAUAAGUGCUCCUGUGAAACGGUCUUCAACAAGAAGAGGCACAUUCAGCAGCAUUUUUACCAGGACGUCAGGGAGGCACAGGCGAACGUCUUCAAGUGCCCUGAGUGCCCACUUCUGUUCCUGCAGAAGCCGGAGUUAAUGCAGCACGUCAAGAGCACCCACGGUGUUCCCCGGAAUGUGGACGAGCUGUCGAGCCUCCAGUCUUCAGCGGACACGUCCUCGGGCCGCUCCAGCUCCCGCGUCCCCACCACCGAGUCCCCAGCUGCUAGUGUGGCUGCCAGGGGCAGCUCCCUGCCCUCGGGCCGCUGGGGCAGGCCGGACGCCUAUCGCAGGGCUGAGGCCAGACCCCGGCUAAGGAGCACCGGCUGGACCUGCCAGGAGUGCCAGGAGUGGGUUCCCGAUCGGGAGAGCUACGUUUCCCACAUGAAAAAGAGCCAUGGUCGGACGAUGAAGCGGUACCCGUGUCGGCAAUGUGAGCAGUCCUUCCACACCCCCAACAGCCUGCGCAAACACAUCCGCCACAGCCACGACACUGUGAAGAAGGUCUACACGUGUGGGUACUGCGCAGAGGAUAGUCCCAGCUUUCCCCGACCCUCGCUCCUGGAGAGCCACAUCAGCCUUAUGCACGGUAUCCGAAACCCUGAUUUGAGCCAGACAUCCCAAGUCAGACCCCCGGGUGGACAUUCCCCUCAGGUGAACCAUCUGAAAAGACCGCUCAGUGGAGCCGGGGACGCUCCAGGCACCAGCAAUGGCGUUACUGUCUCUUCUACCAAAAGGCACAAGUCCCUUUUCCAGUGUGCAAAAUGUAGCUUUGCCACAGACUCGGGGCUCGAGUUCCAGAGCCACAUACCUCAGCACCAGGUGGACAGCUCCACAGCCCAGUGUCUCCUCUGCGGCUUGUGCUACACCUCCGCCACCUCCCUCAGCCGCCACCUCUUCAUUGUCCACAAGGUGAGAGACCAGGAGGAAGAAGAGGAGGAGGAGGAGGCAGCCGCGGUGGAGGUGAAGGUGGAGGCCGCAGAGCCAGAAGAGGGCUCCGGAGAGGAAAUGUCUGUGGAGACGAGAGAGAAUGGACUGGCGGAGGGUGCUGGCGAGCCUUUGUUGGUGGGUGCAGAGGCAAGGAGACCCCUGGGCCCGGCCCCAGAAGAGGACGCUACCCGAGAUGCUCAGAGCCAACCCCAGGCCUCUCAGGACCGCGACAGCCCUGCGCUCUCCCCUCAGGUGUGACCGGAGGCCCUGCAGUGUGUGCGCCUCCACCUGCCGUGUAGACCAUGGGGAGUAAAAGGCUCUGGCCCAGUGUGAGUGUGGCCGGCUGUGCCCUGAGCUGCAGGUGCUGGGUGUCUCCAGCCCCACAAAAUGUGGGGUUGCUGGGGACCCUCUCGGCUCUGAAUUUGCUUCGGUUAUUUAUGGCUUUGUGCUGCUUCUUGGAAUCCCGACUCUUGUCUGUGUCCUUCCAGCCCCAGGCCGCUUGCGUGGCCCCACCCCAGUGCUGUCAACUUGGCUCGGAAACCCCUCAGCCGCUGUGCUCUCUUGGGAGGUUCCCUGCUUGCUGCCUUCAGCCGGGGGACUCCUCGGAGCUCUGUGCCUGCAGACUCCAGCCCUCCUUCCUCCUACCCUGAGCAGGGGAACGAGGGCUGCUGCUCCAGUCUCUCUGGGAAAGCUCUGCCCAGCCUGGCUUGGCGAGGGUCCUUAGUCGCCCUGUCCUUCCUUCUUGUCCUCUCCGAUUCUUCUCUCCACAAGUAGUCCUGAGAACGGAUUGUCACCUUGGCGCAUCCUGUCUCGGUGGGGGAGAACUUGGGUAGUACACCUGUCUGGAAUGGGGAGAGCAGGAGGUGUGGCCACGGCAGGCCCUGGGAGGCAGAACCGCCAGCAGGAGCUGUGGGUGGACCUCGUUCUGCUGCUGUUCGGCCUUUUCCUGCCAAGUGGGGUUUGGGGCACGCAGACCGUGGGAUAUUUGUAUUCUUGCUCCUGUGCCAUUAGAGGGGCUGCCACCCCAGGCAGGUCAGCCCCUCGUCCUCUUGGCUACACUCAUGUUGCUCAGACUAUAUUUCAAAUAAAAACAUCUUCUUACCGUG